AUGGAAGAAAUUGGAAUUCAUAUUAAACCUGAGACUAAGGAACCAACCACCAUUCCUUCGAAAGUUGGUCAAAUUGAAGAGUUAUCAGAGAACGAUCUAUACAUUAAACUGAAGAAACUUCAACGAGAACUUGAGUUCAUUGAACUUCAAGAGGAAUACAUCAAAGACGAGCAAAAGAAUUUGAAGAGAGAGUUAGUAAGAGCGCAAGAAGAAGUAAAGAGAAUCAAAUCAGUACCGCUUGUUCUUGGUCAAUUCCUCGAACCUAUUGAUCAACACACCGGUAUCGUCGGUUCAACCACCGGUUCCAAUUAUGUUGUUCGUAUUCUCAGUACCAUUGAUCGCGAAUUAUUAAAACCAAGUUCUUCAGUUGCCUUACACCGUCAUUCUAACGCUCUUGUCGAUGUUUUACCACCUGAAGCCGAUAGCAGCAUUGCCCUUUUAGGGGCUGAUGAAAAACCAGAUGUCGCCUACUCUGAUGUAGGUGGUUUAGAUAUUCAAAAACAAGAAAUCAGAGAAGCAGUAGAAUUACCCCUGACACAUUUCGAUCUUUACCGUCAAAUCGGUAUUGAUCCACCUCGUGGUGUGUUAUUAUACGGUCCACCUGGUACGGGUAAAACUAUGUUGGUCAAAGCAGUAGCGCAUCACACAACAGCUAGUUUUAUCCGUGUGAACGGUUCCGAAUUCGUACAGAAAUAUCUUGGUGAAGGCCCACGUAUGGUCCGUGAUGUCUUUAGAUUAGCUCGUGAAAAUUCACCUUCUAUUGUCUUUAUUGAUGAAAUUGAUGCAAUUGCGACAAAGCGUUUUGAUGCACAGACAGGUGCCGACAGAGAAGUACAGCGUAUUUUGCUUGAAUUGCUGAAUCAAAUGGAUGGUUUCGAUCAAACAUCAAAUGUUAAAGUUAUUAUGGCGACAAAUCGUGCAGAUACUUUGGAUCCUGCUUUAUUACGUCCUGGCCGUUUGGAUAGAAAGAUUGAAUUCCCAACACCUGAUCGUCGUCAGAAACGUCUCAUUUUCCAAACUAUUACAUCAAAGAUGAAUUUAUCUGAGGAAGUGGAUUUAGAAGAAUUCAUUUCUCGACCUGACAAGUUGUCUGGUGCCGAAAUCGCAGCCAUUUGUCAAGAAGCUGGUAUGCACGCUGUUAGAAAGAAUCGUUAUGUUAUUUUAAGUAAAGACAUUGAGAAGGGUUAUAAAGCUAAUGUGAAGAAGGAGGAUUCUAACUUUGAUUUUUAUAAAUAA